AAGUGAUAGAUUUUGUUCUCUGGAUCCUGGUGUGAGUUUAAUAAACUGCUGUCCUCUGAACGUAUGGUGCUUGCUUCAACGCACAUAACGACAUGGUGUCAGAAGACGUCUCGGACCUGCCCUCUGUGUAUUGAGUGGUGUUUUUUUUCUUCGCCGUGCUUCGCUGUGCGACAGGUGUAAAGGGAAGACUACUAUGGCGGAAGGAUUUCGCAGGCCUGACCCGCUUGUUUUUGAAGGAGACGUUGCCGAGAGUUGGCGUAUUUUUGAAAGAGAAUAUGACAUUUUUAUCGAGGCUGCACACGCGGAUAAACCUGCCAAGACAAAAGCGUACAUCCUCCUCAACCUUGCAGGAGCAGAAGCCAUUGAACGGGAGCGUUAAUUUGUAUACGCUGCGGAAGUUAGAGCGCCAGGAGAAAAUGGAGCCGUCAUGGUCCCGGCCGAGUCUCGGGAAGACCCCACAUGUCUCAAACGAAAAUUUCGAGAAAUGUGCAAUCCACAACACAACAAGACGAUGGAAAGGCACAAGUUUCACACUCGAAAUCAGAAGCAAGGUGAGACUAUUGAAUCUUUCAUCAGUGAUUUGAAAAUAAAAGCAAAAAGUUGCCACUUUGCAGAGCUCACAGACGAAUUGAUUUGUGAUAGAAUCGUGUGUGGCAUCAACAACGACAGUAUAAGAAAGGCUCUGCUACGCGAUAGUGACUUAACCCUCGCUAAAGCAAUUUCUAUCUGCCGUGUCUAUGAAAUGACCGAGGAAAACACAAGAGCAUUAACUCUGCAAGUAAACCCUGUGGAUGCGCUACAACAAAGCUCCAGUAGAGGGCAGUACAGGUCAAGAAAUAAGAAAGCAAAUCAAUAUGAUUCAAAGAACAUCACUACUUGUAAUCAUUGUGGAGGCAGCCACCCAGCGCAAAGAGAUAAAUGUCCAGCGUUUGGGUUGAAAUGUCACAAAUGUGGAAAGAUGAAUCAUUUCAAGGAUUGCUGCAAGUCAAAGCCAGCAUAUCACAACACUGAAAGAAAGAGUUUCACAAAGAAAAGCUCCACUAGAAGACCAGUGUAUCACAUGGAGGUCGAGCAAGAGAAAGAAUACACCGCUGAUGAUGAUACAUACUAUGUAGAUGGAAUUUCUGUGGACACUAUCAAUGCACAUAUGAAAAAUAGAGAUGAAGGAUUUGUCACUCUGCAUGUGCACGGGAAACCCAUUGAAAUGAAAAUUGACACCGGAGCGAAAUGUAAUGUAAUGGCUAAGGACAUGUUUGUACAACUCUCAGAGGGGAACAUUAUUCCCUGUGGCAGGUCUACAAAUCUAGUGGCUUAUGGCGGCAGCAAGAUCGAAACUGCAGGUCUUGUCUCACUGUCAUGCUACUUGAAUGAACAGCAACACACGCUACCCUUCUUCCUCGUGGAGCGUGAUGUUAUUCCACUUUUGGGAUUUCGUGCAUGUAUGCGUCUCGGACUUGUCACAUUCAGCCCUCACGUGCACCAGGUCGGUACGGAGACUAUUACAGACUUUGUCAAACAUAUCAAAGAGGAAUACAAAGAUGUGUUCAGUGAUGAAUUAGGAGAACUGCCAAUCACCUACUCCAUGGUAUUAGAUCCAGCUGUACAGCCAGUCGUGCGUCCAGCGCACCGUGUCCCCUUGGCGAUGCAGGCCCGCGUUAAAGCUGAACUUGAUAGCAUGACAAGCAAAGGAGUCAUCUGCCCCGUCUCUGAGCCCACGGACUGGGUUUCAUCGAUGGUAGCUGCACACAAGAAAGACAAAGAAGAGAUACGACUGUGCAUUAACCCCAAAGACUUGAACACUGCUUUAAGGAGACCCCACUAUCCGAUGCGUAGUGUGGAAGACGUAGCCAGCAAAAUGUCAGGUGCCACCCUGUUUUCGGUGCUUGAUGCCAAGAACUCCUUUUGGCAAAUAAAGCUAGAUCAAAAGUCAUCCAUGUUGACAACAUUCAGCACACCUUUUGGGCGCUACCGAUUUCUCCGCAUGCCAUUUGGCAUUAACUCAGCAAGUGAAGUUUUCCAAAGCUCAAUGGAACAACUGUUUGCCGGUUACCCAUGUGCUGUCAUAGUCGAUGACAUAAUUGUGGGAGGUCGCGAUGCUGCAGAACAUGAUGCUAAUCUGAAGAAAAUACUGGAUCGUGCACAAGAGAUCAAACUUAGACUCAACUCUCAAAAGUGCAAGUUUCGGCUCGACCAAGUCUGCUAUGUUGGUCACAUAUUCACAAAAGAAGGUCUGAAAGCCGAUCCAACGAAAACAGAAGCCAUCACAGAGAUGCCGGUCCCGCAAGAUGCCCUAGCUGUGCAACGAUUCCUAGGCAUGGUGAACUACCUGGGGAAGUUUAUCCCGAAUCUCAGCACAUUGCAGCACCACUCAGGCAGCUCACUCACAAAGACGCUGCAUGGUGCUGGCUCCCCCAACACCAACAAGCAUUUGAGAAAUUGAAGUCAUGUCUAUCCAGCCCACCUGUCCUUUCUUAUUUUGAUGUAGGGAAACCUGUGAUGCUAACAUGUGAUGCAUCUCGUUAUGGGUUGGGUGCAGCAUGUUUACAAGAUGGAAAGCCAAUUGCGUAUGCAUCUCGCACAUUGUCAGAUACAGAAACCCGUUAUGCGCAAAUUGAAAAAGAACUCCUUGCUGUUGUUUUUGCAUGCACUAAGUUUAAGGACUACAUCUAUGGCAAGCACACUGUCAUUGAAACAGACCACCAACCUCUGGUCACUAUACUGAAGAAGCCGAUCCUCACAGCUCCAGCUCGUCUGCAGAGGAUGCUACUUCGCCUACAAGCUUUUGACAUCACCUUGGUUUAUAAAAAGGGCAAGCAAAUGUACCUUUCCGACACCCUGUCAAGAGCCCCAAACGGUAAAGUUUCUGAAUUAUCCAGUGCUCACAGCUCGUUUGAAGUCAUGUCAGUCAGUUUUAUCUCGACAGCCAGGCUUGAAGAGCUGAGAACACACACUGCCAGUGACCAAGUGCUUCAAACUCUUAGCAAUGUGAUCCAGAAUGGAUGGCCUGACAAAGAACGUCAGGCACCGCUGUCUGUCCGCCCAUACUUUCCAUACAGAGAUGAGUUGGUAGUGGAAGAAGGUAUUGUUGUUAAAGGACACAGGCCUGUCAUACCAAUCUCACUGCAACAAGAGUACAUCCAGAUUAUGCAUAGAGGUCACCCAGGCCUUGAAUCAACUAAAUGUAGAGCCAGAAGUACAGUGUUUUGGCCCAACAUGAACACGGACAUCACAACAGUACUACUGUCUUGUGCUGUAUGCAAUAGCACACGACCACACCAGCAAAAGGAACCGCUAAAAGCUCAUCCUGUCCCUACCCUGCCAUGGUCUACGGUCGCAACAGACAUUUUUGAAUGGCAUGGUCAACAGUAUUCAGUCCUUGUAGACUCUUACUCAGGAUGGUUCGAAAUUGAUCUGCUUCGUGAUUUGUCUUCAGCUACAGUGAUAAAAAAGCUAAAGAGACAUUUUUCUGUUCAUGGAGCACCCCAUACACUGAUUUCUGAUAAUGGCAAACAGUACACAAGUCAACGAUUCCGCGACUUUUCCAAACAGUGGGACAUUACUCACGUUACCAGCAGUCCCGGAUACCCGCAGUCAAAUGGAUUCGCCGAGCGUGCCGUCCGCAGUGCCAAACAGCUCAUGGAAAAGUCACACCGAGAUGGAACAGAUGUUUUUCUCAACCUGCUCAACCUCAGGAACAUUCCUCGAGACAACACGCUUGGAUCACCUGCACAGCGUCUCAUGUCUCGCCAGACACGUUCUACCUUUCCUGUCAACAACAAUCUGCUUGUGCCUACAAUAAAGGGUGCAGGACAAGUUGCUACUCAGCUUCAAAGAAAAAGACUUGUUCAAAAGCAGUACUAUGAUGCAACAAGUCGCCCUCUGGUGCCACUUGUGAGAGGACAAAUUGUCCGGUUACAGACUGCAGAGGGAUAUGACCGCCUCGGGAAAGUGGUUCAGGCUUGCAAAGAGCCGCGCUCCUACAUCGUUGAAUCCAACGGAGGUAUCUACAGGAGGAAUCGCCGUCACAUCCUUCCUGUUGCUGAACCAACCCCACCUUUGCACGCCGACUCUGACCAUCACUCUCAACCACCGGUUCCGAGUACGCCAGACCCUCUUCUAUCCAGUCCACAUGCCCGACCGUCUCACUUCUCUCAGCCAUCUGCUCACUACUCCACCAAUGAGCAAUCAACAACAUCUCCAGCUGACGUGCCCACCCGAGUGUCACACAAUUGUUCUGCUUAUGUGACUCGCUCAGGUCGGAUUUCUAAGCCGAAUCCGAAGUAUAAGGAUUGAACUGCAUGUUUGUUAGUUGCAUUUUGA